AUGGUAGUGGAUGCUGCUUUCAUUCUUUCUGAGUUUGCCUGCUGUGACUGGGUUAACACAUCAGGGAUAAAAACACAGAACAAGACAUGGAUAUUCCAACCAGUCUGUACUAAAGGAGAGAAAUGCCAACUUAGGAAGUGCGAAUGCAGCUUCCUGCUGAGCUCUGAGAUCCACAUCGUUCUUAAGCAUAAACACAUCUCCUCUGAAUCAGCUGUGGACCAUCACUUCUUAUGGCAGAAUGAAACUGAAACUAAGUUGUUUAACUCAUCAGCAUCAUGUUUCUACUACGGGAAUAAAGAAUGCCAAGUAAUAAGGACACAAGUCUUACAAAUUUAUAAAUUUGCUUUCUGUGUUGUGGCCUCUUCACUGAAAUCUCGUACUGUUGUUUCUAGGAUCAAUCUGUGGAGGCUGAUGUCUGUGAUCUUUGGGAUAAAAUGUCUUUUGUUGAUGGUUACUUUGGGAGUUUUGAUGAAAAACUCAUUUACUAUACAGAGUAUUCAACCAACACCGUCUCCAACUUCUGUCAAAGAAGUUUCUGAAUGCUGUGCGUGCCUAGAAAAGUGGGUUGGAUAUCAAUGUAACUGUUACUUCAUUUCCAAAGAAGAAAAAUCUUGGGAAGAGAGCAGAGAUUUCUGUGCUGCUAAGAAUUCCAGUCUUCUUUAUCUCAAAACUAGAAAUGAAAUGAAUUUUAUGAGCUCCAGUCAAAUGUAUUUCUGGAUUGGAAUGCGUUAUAAUCAAAAACAGGAAGCCUGGCUAUGGGAGGAUGGCUCAAGCCCUUCAAAAGAUCUAUUUCCAGAGUUCUCAUAUAACAAGACAAAGAACUGCAUUGCAUAUAUCCCAAGCAAAACUAUUUUCAUCGAACCCUGUAAAAAUAAAAACCAUUUCAUCUGUAAGCAACUGCGUAUUUAA